UAGAUACUGAUCUAAAUGGAACAGUAUUUGAUAUUAUUUUUAGUUGUUUGCGUUUUAAAUUUAAGACACCACGCAGAGGCUUUCGAUGAGUGCUUUAGCGAUCCCUGUGUGAACGGGGCAACGUGUGUAGAUGGUGAAUAUGGUUCGUACACAUGUCAAUGUGCAACGUACUGGAUGGGUACAAAAUGUGAAAUACAAGCAGCUGGUUAUGCUUGUGGCACUUAUCACUACAGUUUGACGGGAACCGUAAGCAGCCCAAAUUACCCGAACAAUUACAACAACAGAGAACGUUGUCUGUACCUAAUACGGAUACAUGGAGGCAAUACCAUUGAAUUGACCUUCACUAGCUUUGAUACAGAACUGUUAAAAGAUGUUUUACUGAUUGGCACCGGUCCUACAUCAGGGAUAUCACAAGUUAAUCAGCUGACGGGUAACCUCACAGUGCUUACUUAUACAUAUAAUGCCAAUCAACUUUGGUUGGAAUUUAGUACAGACCGCACAAUUCACAGACCGGGCUGGAGCUUUACUUAUAGUGCAGAUGGUGAUGACUGUUUUAAUUCACCCUGUGAGAACGGCGCCACCUGUGUGGAUGGACUCCGUCAGUACACCUGCACUUGUGCUCCUGGGUACAGUGGUACCAACUGUGAAAAUGAUCAAAAUGAGUGUCUAUCAAAUCCCUGCCAGAAUGGCGCCACCUGUACUGACCGUGUGAAUGGAUACACCUGUUCCUGCCAACCGGGUUGGGUUGGUACUACUUGUAGUGAAGAUUAUGAUGAUUGUAGUGGAACUGUAUGCUUCAAUGGAGGAACUUGUCGGAAUCUCCAGAAUCGAUACGAAUGUGAUUGCGUUGCUGGUUAUACUGGGGACAACUGCGAGAGUGAUGUUGAUGAGUGUCAAUCAUUUCCUUGUCAAAACAAUGGCCAUUGUACCAAUCUCAUCAAUCAAUUCUCUUGUCAAUGUAUCAACGGAUGGACAGGGGAAACCUGUACAGUCGAUGUGAACGAGUGUCUCAGUGCACCAUGUCGGAAUGGUGGGAAUUGCAUCAACCUCCAGAAUCGCUUUGAAUGUCAGUGUACAUCUGGUUGGAAGGGAGACACAUGUGACAGUGAUGUAAAUGAAUGCGAAAGUUUCCCGUGUAGAAAUGGAGGGGUGUGUUCAAAUCUCAACAAUGCAUUCAUGUGUGUAUGCCCUGCGGGGUUCACUGGUCUCAUGUGUGACAUGGACGUGAAUGAGUGCAUAAGUUCUCCGUGCCUGAAUGGAGGAACCUGCAAUAACUUGAACAACGCUUACAGCUGUAACUGUAACCCUGGAUGGGUUGGAGAAAAUUGUGGAGUUAAUCUUAAUGAAUGUAGCAGUAGCCCUUGUUUCAACUCUGGGACUUGCAUUGAUCAGAUUAAUAGUUACGAUUGCAUAUGCCCUGCCGGAUGGAUUGGAACGAACUGUGAAACAGACUUUAAUGAGUGUUCUAGUAACCCCUGUCAGAAUGGAGGGCGCUGUAACAACCAGCAGAAUAUGUUCACAUGUACAUGUGCUGAUGGAUUUUCAGGCAUUAUUUGUCAAACAAAUGAUGAUGAAUGUGCAUCAAAUCCAUGUUUAAACAUGGGGACAUGUCGCGACAGCACCAACGCAUUCCAGUGUGAUUGCCCUAGUGGUUGGACUGGAAGCCAGUGCGAAAUAGAUGUAAAUGAGUGCUCAAGCUUUCCAUGCCGAAAUGAUGGUACCUGUCUAGAUGGAGUUAAUGGAUACAUUUGUUCCUGCACCCCUGGAUGGACUGGCACAUUCUGUGAUGUUGAUAUUAACGAGUGCCAGAGCUCUCCAUGUCAGAAUGGUGCCAACUGCGUCAACGGACGCAACAACUACCGUUGUACUUGUGUUGCUGGUUAUGUUGGGAUAAACUGUGAAACAGAUCGUGAUGAAUGUGCGAGCAAUCCGUGCUAUAAUGGUGGAACCUGUGUUGACGCUGUUAAUAGCUACAACUGCAUGUGUACAGGUGGUUGGACUGGAGCCAAUUGCGGUCAAGAUGUAAAUGAAUGUACCAGUCUGCCAUGUCAGAAUAGCGGAACUUGCCUCAACCAACAGAACGGUUACUCAUGUUCAUGUCGUGAUGGCUAUGCCGGUGAAAAUUGCCAAACAAACAUCAUUGAGUGUGCAUCAGACCCUUGUCUUAAUGGUGGAACCUGCUUUGAUGGUAUUAACAUGUACCAGUGUUUCUGUGUAGAAGGUUGGACAGGUAGCAACUGCGAAAUUGCCAACAAUGAAUGUGCAAGCUCGCCAUGUAUGAGUGGAUCUACCUGCAUUGACCAAACCAAUGGAUACAUUUGCAACUGCGCACCUGGGUGGACUGGUCUUCUUUGUGAUACUGACAUCAAUGAAUGUUCAAGUAGUCCAUGUUUGAAUGGUGCCACAUGUACAGAAGGCAUUAACAUUUUCUUCUGUACAUGUGCUUCUGGGUGGACAGGCACACUCUGUAACACAGAUGCUAUUGAGUGUGCAAGUCAGCCAUGUAAGAAUGAUGCUACCUGCUUUGAAGGUGUAAAUAGUUACAUAUGUGUCUGUAAACCUGGCUACUCCGGAACCAACUGUGAAAUAGAUGAUAAUGAAUGUUCAAGCACACCUUGUUUGAAUGGUGCCACUUGUCUCAACCUCAUCAACUCAUACCAGUGUCAGUGUGCACCUGGGUGGACUGGUCCAGCCUGUGAAAUAGAAAUUAAUGAAUGUUCAAGUAAUCCAUGCCAAAAUGGCGCUGCAUGCGUUAACUUACUGAACUUGUACCAGUGCACCUGUCUACCAGGAUGGAUGGGAACUCAGUGUCAAACAGAUUUUGACGAGUGUUCCAGCAACCCAUGUGUCAAUGGAGGCACUUGCAAUAAUGCGCAAAACUUUUACACUUGUGACUGUGCACCAGGCUGGAUAGGCUUCAAUUGUGAAACAGAUGCUGACGAGUGUUCUAGCUCACCUUGUCAAAAUGGAGCAGCAUGUUCCAAUCAGCAGAAUCGCUAUGAUUGUUUGUGUGAAGCUGGAUACACCGGCGUUAACUGUGAAAUAGACAUAAAUGAGUGCUCAGCACAACCUUGCUUAAAUGGUGGAACAUGUACAAAUAACAUCAACUUCUAUACUUGUAACUGUUUACCUGGUUGGACAGGUACAAACUGUGAAAUUGCCAUUAAUGAGUGCGGCAGUUCACCAUGUCAGAAUGGUGGCGCUUGCACUGACCUAGUCAACCAGUAUGUUUGCACCUGUGUAUCAGGCUGGCAAGGAGAGAGGUGCAGUGAAGAUGUGAAUGAGUGCCUGAGUAACCCUUGCCAGAAUGGAGCCACCUGUAGUAACCUACAAAAUCAUUACACCUGUACAUGUGCUUUUGGAUACACUGGGCCCACAUGUAGUUCCGAUAUCAAUGAGUGUGCAAGCAAUCCGUGCCUGAAUGCCGGUACUUGCUCCGAUGGGAUCAACAGAUACACAUGCAAUUGUAUACCUGGAUAUUCAGGAACCAACUGCCAACAGAACAAUAAUGAAUGUGCAAGUAAUCCAUGUUUGAAUAGUGCCACCUGUAUUGAUCUUAUCAACAGUUACACCUGUACAUGUGCUCCGGGCUGGAAUGGGAACAACUGCGAGAUAAAUAUUAAUGAAUGUAGCAGUUCUCCAUGUCAGAAUGGAGGAACCUGUAUCAAUGGAAACAACAUGUACACUUGUAGUUGUUUGCUGGGCUUCACUGGGUACAACUGUGCUCAAGAUGUGAAUGAAUGUGCAAGUAAUCCCUGCUCUAGUUCAGCCACCUGUGUGGAUGGAAUUAAUGAUUUCACCUGUGAAUGUGCCCCUGGAUGGACUGGUUUUGACUGUAACACAGACAUAAAUGAGUGUGCCGCUAACCCCUGUCUGAAUAGUGGCACCUGUCACAACGGUCAGAAUGUGUACACUUGUACCUGUGUGCCGGGCUGGACUGGCCUCAACUGUGAAAUAGAUGUGGAUGAAUGUGCAAGCGAUCCAUGCCAGAAUGGCGCCACCUGCAUUGAUGGUCGUCAACAAUUUAUAUGCAUCUGCGCAUUAGGUUACCAAGGUGAUGUGUGUGAGAGCAAUGUGGAUGAGUGCCAAAGUAGUCCAUGUCAGAAUGGCGCUACUUGCAAUAACGAGUUGAACCGGUACUCUUGUACUUGCCAACAUGGAUGGGAGGGCUACAACUGUGAGUUAGACGUCAAUGAGUGCGCCAGCAAUCCGUGUGAUAAUGGAGGCGCUUGUAACAACCUGGCAAGCCAGUAUACCUGUGACUGUCUACCUGGCUGGGAAGGCUACAAUUGUGAUGGAGAUGUAAAUGAAUGCAUAAGUCAGCCAUGUUUGAAUGGAGGUCAGUGUACAGAUGGUAGAAACAGCUUCCAGUGCGUUUGUGCUGCUGGAUUUCAAGGGGUCAUCUGUGGCCAAGAAAUUAAUGAGUGUUCAAGUUUCCCUUGUCAAAAUGGCGGAGAAUGCAACGACCAGGUGAACCGGUAUCAAUGUACCUGCCCUCAGGGCUACUCUGGUAACAACUGUGAAUUUGAGGUGGAUGAAUGUGACAGUCAACCGUGUUUGAAUGGAGGAAUUUGUUACAAUGAAGUUGCUAGUUACCGCUGUACAUGUCCUGAAGGCUAUGCAGGAAUCAACUGUGAAAUAAGGCAAAGUCCGUGCACAAAUGGAGCUGAUUUAUGUAAAAAUGGUGGCACAUGUUUGAACCAGGAUAUUGGGUUUGAAUGUGUUUGUGUGCAGGGGUGGAUUGGCUUCACAUGUGAAACCAACGUCGAUGAGUGUGAGAGCUCACCAUGUCUUAACAGUGGUAUUUGUAUUGAUGGUGUGAAUAGCUACUCCUGUGUCUGUCAGCAGGGAUAUACUGGAAGUAACUGUCAAAUUGAUGAAGACGAAUGUGCCAGCAAUCCUUGUAUAAAUGGUGCUACCUGUUUCAACCGAUUUGGUUCCCAUGGUUACACAUGUGACUGCCUACCUGGUUGGCAAGGCUUCCAGUGUGAGACAAACAUCAAUGAGUGCGAGAGUAUGCCGUGUAUGAAUGGUGGUAUUUGCGUUGAUGCUGUCAACGCAUUCAGCUGUAUCUGCCCCUCGGGGUGGGGAGGAGACCUGUGUAAUUUAGUGAUUGGAUGCCGUUUGAAUUUCACCAUACCUGUCAAUGGAAAGGUUGAAGUUCACUCUCCAAAUUAUCCGUCAAAUUACAAUAAUGGAGCAAACUGUCGUUGGUUCGUCAACUCUUCCCCCGGACGCACCAUUCAAGUUGUAUUUAUGGACUUCAUCACAGAGAAUCAUUACGAUGUUCUCAAGAUUGGUGAAGGAAUGAACACCAUGGAUGUAGGUUCAAUCCGUUUAACUGCUGAUGGUUCGACUAAACCAGAAAAUCUAUUACUACUGUCCAAUCAAAUGUGGAUGACAUUUAUUACAGAUGGUGAGAAAACAGAGAGAGGCUUCUCAAUCGAACUCAGAAAUGAAGGCUAUACUGAAGUGGACGCAUGUGUGAGCAACCCGUGUAUCAAUGGCGGCACUUGUCAAGAUCAAGGAUCUCAAAGUUACACCUGUGACUGCACCGCCCUCUGGCAGGGAACCAAUUGUGAAACACCAACAGAUGCGAAUAAAUGUGCAAGCAACCCGUGUGUAAAUGGCGCUGAGUGUUUGAAUGCCGGGGGUGGUUACCAGUGCACUUGUCUCGCCGGAUGGACAGGAACUAACUGCGAAUCUGAUUUGAAUGAGUGCUUAAGUUCACCUUGUUUAAAUGGUGGUGAAUGCAUUAACCUAUUCCAGCAUUACAUGUGCAAGUGUCCAGACCAGUACAGUGGUACAAAUUGUGAAACAGGUCCGGAAGUGGAGAGCUGUACGAUCAAUGUUUGCCAGAAUAGGGGUACAUGCACUUACUACCUAGAUGAGUAUUCUUGCAGUUGCCCUCCAGGCUAUUCAGGACCCUACUGUGAAAUUGUUGAUGUAUGUAUUUCUGGGCCGUGUAAAAAUGACGGAACUUGUUUAGCGAAUGGGGAUGGAUAUAUAUGUGAAUGUCCGGAUACACAUAUGGGUACAUUCUGUGAGGUUAUAGUGACAACUACCUGUGUGGACAACCCUUGCCAGAAUGGUGCUGAAUGCAGUUUCAAAAAUAACACUUACAACUGUGCAUGCCCAGUGGGAUUUGAGGGGCAGUUCUGUGACACAAACAUUGACGAUUGCUCGGAGACGUCCUGCUCUGCUCAUGGUAUCUGCAUCGAUCUUGUCAAUGGUUUGGAAUGUGAAUGCGAAAGUGGUUGGAUAGGAGAAACAUGCGCUAUUGACAUUGACGAAUGUGCAAACACUCCAUGUAAAAAUGGAGGCACGUGUACAAACGGACCGAAUACCUACCAGUGCAAGUGUACGGACAAGUACUUUGGGGUCAACUGUCAGCUCGCUAUUCAAGAUCCAAACAGUGUGGCAAAGGUGUACACAUUCAUGGGGAGGGAGAUCAGUUUGAGUCCCUGGUGGAUUAUGUGUAUUGGUAUCCUAGGCAUCUUUAUCUUGUUUUUGGUGUUGGUAGUCCUGUGUAAGAACAGACCUGAACAUGCAAAGUAUGAUGCAGAAUUGGCUAAGUCCGAGCGUAAGCAUGGGUUACCAAACAGCCAGUUGGAUGAUCAGAUACCUGUGAUGGAUGAAAGUGGCCCAGUGGAUGAGAAUAAUUAUGGAUUUGUUCCAGCCGGUGGAAGCAGGGAUGGAGUAGCUGAGAUCAACAGUUAUGAGAACCCCUGGCCCCAGAGUACCGAGGACUUUACCCUACAGAAGACUCAUUUGUGAUUAUCAAAUGUUAAAUAGGAUAUACUAUUUUCGUAAUGUAUAGGAUUAAAAUAAGUUGUAUAUUGUUUAUAUGUUGUUGGUGAGAUAAUAAUAUAUAUUAUUAUUCUUAUCAUCAUAAUACUAUUAUUGUUAUUAUUAAUGUCAUUUAAAUACUUACAUUUUUUUAUACUGUAAAAUAAGAGAUUGUAAUUUAUGAAAUAUCAAGUGUAUUUGUUUUAGGAGGGGAGAAUACAAAGUAAAUAUUUUAAUUAUGUCUUUCACUGGCUUGUAUUUAGAAGUAUUUCACUUUCACAUCAAUUAAUUAGUUUUUUGUUCUAACCAAUUGACACAAUUGUUUAUUUUGUUUAUGUUUUCAAACGGUUAGAUUGUGUAUUGUCAUUAGAGUAUAACAAUCAAUAUGUUACUGAAAUUGUCAUGCUAACCCCCAGUGCUGACCUUACCUGGUCAAAGUUCACAGGGGAGAAUAUAGUUUGCACUGAAUCAAUAAAUCAACAGUGUGUGAAAAUAUCAUCAAUAAUCAAUUAAAUUUAUUAGGCUUAAGUUUUGUAUCAUGAUUCAAAACCAUACGAUUUUUUUUUUGCAAAAAUUUUUACAAAGUUUUGAGUGACAGAAGCAACAAUUUUAAUUGAGUGUUGGGUUUACUUCAGCAACUUUUUUAUUAGUAGUUCUAAAUAUCAAAUUAUUAUCAUCAAUUUGAUGUACUUAUGAAAUUGGAUUAUCAGGAGUGUGGUACUUAUUACUUAUUCUAAUACAACUUUCAUUCAAAAUUAAAUUUUGCAAAUAUCGCCCUUCACUGCUGGUAGUUAGUACCAUAUUGCCCUCUAUACAAUUUUAUGUCAAAUACUGCAGCUUCACUUGAUUAAAAAAUGUCCUACUGUACUUAUAAUAGUUAGUUCACAUUUUUUAAAGCAGUUAUUUUGUUAACAUUAGUAUCACCUUGAGAGGAUAAUGUUUCCUCAUUUUGUAAAUAUAUUCUAUUUUAAGCUGCUUUAUCACAAAUUCAAGUGAAUAUGGGCAUAAUGAUGUCAUAUCUUAAUAUAGGCAUGAUGAUGUCAUAGGCAUGAUGACAUCAUAUUAUACCUUUUAGCCAAUCACAGGUGCUUGUCACAUAGAAUUUGACAUUUUGGACAGAGCUUAACAUAUGCAGGCACGGAUCCAGUAGGGGACACCGUCUCACGUUCCCCUCCUCAUUUUGCUGCUAUAUUUUAAAAUUUCAAUGCAUAUAUGGAAAUGUAUAAAUUAGCACCUUUCCCCGACCCCUCCCCCUCCGUGUGAAAAAUUCUGGAUCCACCCCAGAUGUACAUAUAUGAUAGCAUUUUCAUUUCUUUUUAUUGAUGUGUAAUCAAUUCAUUAUCUAUUUGGAAUCCUAUUAACAAUUGCAAUUUUAGUUUUGGAAUUAUUAUUUCUGGCGUUAUUUUUGGAAUAAUCUAGUCGUUAUUGUCAUAAUGGUGGCAAAUAUAAAUUUACGAUGGUUGAAAAAAUACAAUUUUUGUAACAUGUUUUUUGAAAUAGAAUUGUUGCUUCCUUAUCAAAUUGAUCAGUGCGAAUUCGAUGAACAUUUUGUUUUACAUCAUCAAAAGCCAGAAUCGCCGCUCAUUCUGCUGAUUACACCAAACUAUCUUUUAUGAGUUCAGAAAAACAAGCAAGCCAUCUUUUAGUUGUAACUGUGUAUGAGCAGUGUCAGUCACAUGUUUAUACACAAGCGUUCGCUAUAAAUAUUCAAUUCCGCACGUUUUGUGAUAGGCUAUUUUGUCUAUGUACCGUAACCAACAAUAAGGAUUUUUUUUAUGCACAAAACAGUUGACUCGGCUGUAAUCGGCUUUUUUUGCUGCCGGUCUAAGAGGAUCUUUGUUAAAUGCAAGCCUGUUGAUUCGGCCUACCACUGUCAAUACCCUUCAAGCCUGCCUCAACACUUUUAUAAAUUAACUAUUAGUAUUGUAAUUAAUGUAGAGGAUGCGGUUUUAUAAUGGAUAUAUUAUAGAUGUGCGUUACAAUUGUGUAAGAUACAUGUUUUUAUCAAUACUUAGGGAAUUACUUAACUGGUGAGAAUUUUGCAAUAAAAGAAGCUUUGAUAAUAUA